UUUGACGCUUCGCACGCGGAAACUGUUUACCUUGUUAGCUGUUGCGUCUUAGCCGCGAAUCUGCGGAAAAUUACACCUAUUUUGGAAAGAAAACGAGUGUUCUUGUUUGUUAGAAGCGUUCGCAAUGGGAAAAGCAGAUUUUCUGUCGCCUAAGGCGAUUAGCAACCGAAUAAAAGCUAAAGGUCUUCAGAAGUUGAGGUGGUACUGUCAAAUGUGUCAAAAACAAUGCCGAGAUGAGAACGGGUUUAAGUGUCACUGCAUGUCGGAGUCCCAUCAGAGACAGCUUCUGCUGGCCUCAGAAAACCCAACAAAGUUCCUGGAUUACUUCUCUGAUGAGUUUAAAAGCGACUUCUUGGAGCUGCUGAGAAGACGUUUUGGAACCAAACGCGUGCACAACAACAUCGUUUACAAUGAAUACAUCAGUCACCGGGAGCACGUCCAUAUGAACUCCACAAAGUGGGAAACUCUUACCGAGUUCACCAAAUGGCUGGGCAGAGAAGGUUUGUGCAAAGUUGAUGAGACUCCUAAAGGCUGGUACGUUCAAUAUGUCGACCGCGACCCGGAGACCAUCCGCCGCCAAGAAGAGCAGGCGAGGAAGAAGAAGCAGGAUCUAGACGACGAGGAGAGGAGCGCCAAGUUCAUCGAGGAGCAGGUCCGCCGAGGCCGAACAGAGGCAGAGCAGGAAGAUCCAGUUUACACUGAGCUUAAGCGUGAGAAUGAAGAAGAAAAAGUUGCUUUCAAUCUGAGUGCGCCUGUAGCCAGCUCCUCCAAAUCAAGUUCUGUCCUCGGGGCUAGUGCUCUGAAAGCUUCAGCAUCGUCAUCCUCAGUCAAAAGGAAAGACACGUCCUCCAGCUCAGACUCAAGAGCGGAGAAAAAAAAGAAGUCUGCCCUGGAGGAGAUCAUAGAGAUGGAGGAGAGAAAGAAGAAGAAGGAGACUUCAGUCAGAACGGAUUACUGGCUGCAGCCCAACAUUGUAGUCAAAAUCGUCACUAAAAAGCUUGGAGAGAAGUACCAUAAGAAGAAGGCUGUUGUCAUGGAGGUGCAAGACAGAUACGCUGCGGUGGUGAAAAUGGUCGGCACCGGAGACAAACUGAAACUAGACCAGAACCACUUGGAGACGGUCAUACCUGCUCCAGGUAAACGGGUUUUGAUCCUGAACGGUCCGUACAGGGACACCGAAGCCGUGCUCGAGGGGAUCGAUGAGAAACGGUUCAGCGCAACGCUUACACUGGACUCUGGUCAUCGGAAAGGGGAUAGAGUGGACGUUGCUUAUGAAGACUUUUCCAAACUGGCCUGAAAAUGUCAAAGAUUUUGUUUAAUCUUCCGACUGAGGGACUCUACUGUGUCAGAGUUUAUUCCCAGACGCUCUUCUCUUAUGUAUAU